AUGGACGCAGCAGUCCAAGAAAAGAACACCUUGGACAUCACAACAACUGACGCCGUCGAGCACAAUGGCAUCCGAGUCCAUCCCCAGCCAACAGCAGACCCUCUCGAUCCCCUAAACUGGUCUCGUCUGCAGAAACACACCAUCCUCGGCAUUGUCAUGUUCAAAUACUUCCUCUUCACCUACCUCACAACCACAACGGUGCCCUCAUUCCCCGAAAUCCAGACCCAGUUCGCCAUCACAUAUUCCCAGGUAAACUGGACCGUUGCAAUCCCAGCACUGGGCCUGUCAGUCGGCCCGCUCUUCUGGUCUUCGCUCAGCGACAUCUACGGCCGGCGCAUCGUUUUUGUGACCGGCACAUUCGUUGCUCUCGUUUCCACUAUCGGCGCUGCAGUCGCGGAUCGGUAUGGAGGGUAUAUGGCUGCGAGGUUCUUUCAGGGGUUUGGCGUGAGUCCGGCGUCGAGUGUUGGGAUGGCUGUUGUGAACGACCUCUUCUUCGACUACGAGCGCGGUGAGAAACUCGGCCUGUGGGUUCUUGCAAUUGACGCGGGAUUACUGGUUGGACCAACCUUCGGCGGCCUCCUCAACCUCGUCAGCGCCGCAUGGAUAAACUGGUUCAACGCAGUCCUCUUCGGCCUCCUCUUCCUGCUCGAGCUCUUCCUCAUGCCCGAGACCCUCUACCCCCGUAGCAUGAUGCUCACUCUCAUGCCAACAUCAGCAACAACAACUCCCAACCUGGAAAAUGAAUGUAAACACCCCACCCGAACCAAAACCCUCCCCUUCCUCAACAUCUCCCCCCUCCCUGCUCUGUCCACUCCACGCCUCACAACAACCCUAUCCCGGUUCCUAUACACAUUCGCCCUCCCCACCAUCCCCCUCGCCGUCCUGGGCUACGGCUUCCUAUGGUACUGGUGGGUCCUCUCCGUGAUCACGAUGAUCCCAGCUGCAUAUCCACAGUACAGCCCGCUGAUCCAGGGCCUGCUGUUUCUGGGAUUGUUAGUUGGAACUGUAGUCUCUGAGGUGUGUUGUUCGGGGAGACUUAGCGAUUACAUUGUGAAACGCCUGGCGAGGCGGAAUGGGGGCGUCAGGGUUGCUGAGAUGAGGCUUUGGCUGGUUUAUCCUGCGGCUUUGGUUACGGCUGUUGGCUUGGUUCUAUUCGGGAUCAGUAUAGAUAACUCGUAUCACUGGAUGGUCGGACAGGUUGCGUUCUUCCUCUUCGCAGCCGGAAUCCAAGUCGGCAACACCGUGGUAUCGAGCUAUAUCAUCGACAGCUACCCGCUGCAGUCAACAAGUGUGGUGAUUUUCUACGCCGUGUUUCUGAACUUGAGCGCCUUUAUUAACCCUUUCUUUAUAUCGCCGUGGCAGGAAUCCGUUGGCUGGACGUGGACGUUCACGACGCAGGCGCUUAUCGUGAUUGUUCCUGGGACGAUGCUCUUUGCGGCCUUGCAGCGAUACGGAGCGGCUUUGCGGGCAAAGGCACCGAUGCCAUCGUGGGUGAAUCCAGAGUUUGACGCCAGCUAG